GCGACUGCGGUGGCGCCACUACAUUCCGAUGCUCCACCCCCCUCGUGCCCCGGCUCCGAGCAAUACUACUACUCCUACAUAGCCACCGACCAGACCAGGAGCCGCACCACAGGGGGUCAAGAAAGCAGCGGCGCCAUCCCCGGCGAUGGAGGCGGACGAGCUCCUGAAGAAGAUACGGGCGCUGGAGGAAGGGCAGGCGGAGCUCAAGCGGGAGGUGGGCAGGCUCAUGCCGGACCGCCGCGCCGCGGCCCGGCGACGCGCCCUCCGCGCGCUGCCGCCGCCGCCGCGGCCCUCCUCGUCGUCGCGGCGCGUCGCAGCCCGUGGCAGGCUGCCCGACAGGCACUGCCACUGGAUACUGCAGUCGCUGGGGCAAGCCGUGCACAUCAUCGCCCCCGACGGGAAGCUUCUGUACUGGUGA